AUGUAAUAAAAAUUAAGCAAUUAAUCGGUUGUUUUCUUAGGAGCUCAUGGUUAAGGGAAAUCAACAAUAGCUGGGCUCAUAGUUAAAGAAUUAAACUAUGCCUCUCCAUAUGUUUUGGAAAGAAUAGAGUGCCAUCUAAAUGUUUAAAAAAAUCCAGAUCUUAGAUAUGCUUUUUUGAUGGAUAGGAUUAGAACAGAACAGAAUUUAUCGCAUACAUAAAUAUUUUCAACUUAUCAUGUUAACACAACAUGUAAAGAGUACUUUUUAAUCAAUAUUCCUGGGUAGUAUUAAUACAUAAAUUAAAUGUAAAUCGGGAUUGCUUAUGGAGAUAUAGCAGUAUUUAUUUUGAGUGGAGUUAAAGAAAAAUAUAUGUAAAGUUUAACAUUAACUUCUUCACUUGAAUUACAACUUCAAUUAUGUGUAGCUUUAGGUAAAUAGCGCAUUAUUUGUGUUAUUAAUGAUAUGGAUAUAGUCGAAUAUCAAUAGGCUUGCUAUUAAUUUGUAGUGAAUGAUUUCUCUUAACUUUUAGCCAAAUAUGAAAUAAAUCCAUAAUAAAUUUAAUUUAUUCCAAUAUCUUUAAAAGAAGCUGAAAACAUCAACACAAAAAAAUAAAAUAUGAAUUGGUAUUAAGGUCCAACCUUAAUUGAAGCUUUAGAUAAAAUUCCAAUUGAUGAUCAAGAACUUCAAGCAAGCAAGCCUCUAAGAUUUGUUAUGCAUGAUUGUAUUCGUAUUCCUGGAAUUGGAACUAUCGCUCUUGGAAAAUUAUUAUAUGGCACAUUGAAAAAAAAUUAAAUUUUAAGCUUUGCUCCAAUUCCAUUUAAAUCAAGUGUAAAAACAAUUGAAAAUAAUCACUUUUUUUUAGAAGAAGGAACUCCUAAUUAAAUAAUAGGAGUUAAUUUAUUAAAACUUUCAUACAAAGAGAUUUCAAAUGGACAUAUUUGUUCAGAUGUUGAUAAUGAUCCAGCUUAAGAAUGUUUAUCAUUUGUGGCAAAGUUAAAGAUCAUGGAAGACUUUAAACAUUAGCUCAAACAAAAAUAGUAUUAUACAAUACAUUUCUUUACUAAAAGAAUGCAAUGCAGCAUUUUAAAGAUUUAAUAAAACUUAAAUGUAAUAAAUUAAAAUGAAAUUAUUGAGAAUCCUUAAAUUUUAAAGGCUGGUGAUAUUGGAAUAAUUGAAUUUAAACCAAUAAAGUAGAUAACAUUAGAAAAUUAUGUUGAUUAUCCUUAAUUAGGUAGAAUAGCAAUUGUAGAUAACCGUCGUAUGAUAGCUUUUGGAAUAAUUUUAGAAGUAAAAAAUAAAAAAACAUUUCAAGAUAUUUAACAAAAAGAACCCAAUUAAUGA